UACAAAAUUAAUAGAAAUAAAAAUAAAUAUAUAGAGUAAAAGACUCUUACUGAUUUAGAAUCAAGACUCUAUAUAAAUAUGUACCACCCGCACGUUCGUUUGCAUCACAACUUCAAAGUGUUGUCAUUAAACAAAAAGGCAAUGGAAGAGUCGAAGAAAUACAAGAGGAUGGGAAUGAAGCAGACGAUGAAUAAUAAGAAGAAGAACAACAACAAAACGAGUCAUGGAUCCGGGUUGCUCCAAAUGAAGGUGAGGAGGCUCCAAAUACUGAUACCGGGAGGGGUAAGAUGCAACCACCCGGAUCUUCUUUUAUUAAAGACCGUUGAUUAUAUUGUGCAAUUGAAGUUGAAGCUAAAGGUCCUUAAAGCACUCUCCGAUAUGUAUUCUCUUUGAAGAUCGUAAAAAUGACAUUCUUCUUCUUCUCGAUCGUCCUCGGUAAUAUAUAGCUAUGUUGUCAAAAAAUUUAAUAUUCCGUUUAUGGAUUUAUCAUCUGUAGACUUGCUUUGUCGUUUUUAUUACCGUCUUUGAUAUAGUUGUGUCAGUGUUUAUAUGUGAAUCCGACAAUUAGUUGGAAAUUUGA